GUGCCGUCAAGUGCUGUGCGUGCCCGGACCUCAAACCCGAAGGCCCCAGCACCCGGCCCGGCCGGACUGAUAUGCCCACGUGAUGACACUGCCCAACACGUGCCGCUUUUGGAUGGGACAAUGGAAGCUUUCCCUGCUAUUGAUUUAGUCACUUUGAAGUGCAUGUGGAAGAUUGCAGGAACUCACCUCUUUGCUUUGCAAGGGAACACUCAAGAAUUGAACAGAGACCAGUACUACAAUAGGAUCCAGAGAGCUUUUUAUCGGCCAGACCUCGGUUCUCAAUCAAGAGGCGCAUGUCACAAGUCGUGGGGCUCAUGAUCAAAGCUCAAGCCGUCUAAUUUCGCUCAG